GGGGACGCGGGGCCGAGGGCGGGGGGGGGGCACGAAGAGGAGCCUGCCCGCGGGAGGAGGCAUCCAAGGCGGAGGAGGCGGCGGGGCUGAUGCUGGGUGUGGCCUAGCUUGGGCCUGACUGGUGGGGAGCCCAGGACUGAUAAGACUCCUCGUUGCCUAGCAACCGCAGGCCUGCCACCACCAGGAUACCACCCUCUCCAUGCAGCUGGUCCAGGCUUCUGAAUGUCUUCAGUUUCUCCCCUAGACCAGGUCCCACAGCCAGAGUGUUGCAUGGACGUGAUGGAUGUCAACGUUAGCUGCCCAGGCACGGACCAGUGUGCUUCAGGCUGCUACCGGCGCUGGAACGAGGAUGGAACGAGCAGCUGCGUUCGGUGCAGAAAUGAAAGUCUUCCGGUCACCGGGCCUUAUGCUGUGGAGUGCAGAAGCCUUGGCAACAAAGAAAUUAAUUUCACAUCCUACAGAACGACAGUGACGCCCCUACUCCAGACCCUGGGGGGCCCCCAGGUGGCUGUCUCCCUCUUCUUGGGCACCUUCUUCAUUAGCUCCUGCCUCAUCCUCUCCGUCGCUUUGUUCUUCUACUUCAAACGCUCCAGUAAGCUCCCCCAUUUCUUCUACAGAAGGAACAAAGCUUCUGUCCUACAGCCUGGAGAAACUGCUGCCAUGAUCCCUCCUCCAAAUUCUUCAGUCCGGAAGCCACGCUAUGUGAGACGGGAUCGGUCACUGCCAAGACCUACCACACCUACCAUGAUCUCCUCUGUCGAGACUCGGGUCAGCAACGUUUAACCGUCAAGGUUUACCCAAGAACUUUUUCCAUGAACAAUUUCAGAGACUUCUCUUUGCCCGCUGAUGGGCCAGGAAAAAAUAUCCUUGGCAGCUGAGUUUCCAGCGAGCCCAACUCCUGGGUCAGACAGGUCUGAGCCAAAUUGAGCAAGCACAAAGGAGACAGCAGGAGGCAGGGGUGGCGACCCCGGCUCGAAGGAACCCUGUGACCUCGUCGGGCACCUCUGAGAUCUUCCUCUCAUCUGGGUUUUUGAUCUGUCUCUUAGCUACAGAUACCUUGUUAAAAAGCUCCAGACAGCCUAGCUUGCCUUGACAGGAAAGUCAUUUCCUUCCAUCUCCAGUGUGGGGCAGGAUGCCGUUAGGGCCCUCGCCUCUUCCGAGGAGCAGUCAGCCUGGCUCUGAGAAAAGGGUUUGAAUCCUGCACCUCGCCUCCUCCUCCUUGUUCCCACCCUGUCUCUCCUCAAAGCAGGCCAUUUGGGAAGACCCUCCCCCGCCCAAGUCCAGAGUUUACCUGCACCCAGAACCUUUCACUCCUCAGGGGUCUUUGGCCACUUCUCUGUGUAGAUGCCCCACCAGCCCCAGCCCUCACAUCCUUGUUAUGUAGGGUGAGCUGUGCAUUUCCUGCUUCCCUAAGCUGGGGAAAGUGGGUCCCACUGGCUUUUCAGGGAAGGUUUUCCCCUUGUUCCCCCUGUCCUGCUCUAGACAGGCCUGUCCGGCUCACUCCUGAGGUGGGCCUUCUCUUGCCUGAAGCAAAGGGCCCCCCAGGCUCACAGAGCAUCGUGUUUGCAAUGCAGACCUGAAACAACUGUGUUCUACUUUGCUCCCAGAUGAGGCUGCCUAGAUGCCACCUCAUUCUCAUCAGCUACCAGCCAGGGCCCCGGCUUUUUGGCACUUCAGGAGAGCAAAGAAGCUAGAACAAGUGCCCCUCUUUUGAUCUAAUCUAGGCUUACAAUGCACAUUUGACAAGGCAGGGUGGUCCUGCCUCCCUCCCUCCCUGGUCCCAGCUGGGGCCUGGCCAGGUAGCAGCAUCUGGGCCACAGCCAAAAGUCAAGGGAAGAAGAAACUAAGGAGAAAGUUCCCAUCUACUAACAGCUUCAAGUCAAGCAGUGUUGUGUUCCUAGACUUGAUUUAAAUUAGCAGCUGUGCCAUGAAGCCCCUUAGGAAAGAGCCAAUACCCCGCCCUCCCCCUGCCCAGGUAGAAUGGAGGCUGAGAAGGAGGGAAUGGCCAGCCAGAGCUCCUGAGAGUCCUCAAAGGGAAAGGCAGAUUCCUGCUCCAACCUGGGAGGGUGGUGGGGGCAGCCAGCUGUCUAGGGAUCCCCAUAGUUCCCAGAGUAGACAUGUUGUAGCAACAUUGCUCACAGGAUGGUUUUUGUAAAAACAUAUCUGAGUUUUCAUCAUAAGUUCCUUUUGUAAAUGGGAUCCAUGUUCCCUGUGAGGACAGAACAUGCCAUCAGUGCUAUCAGAAUCCUUUGAGAACCUUUGUGCAGGCAGAGAACAAGGAGCAGCUGGGCUUCCCCUGGUCCCAUGUUCCCAGCUCAGUGGGGGCCCUAAUUCUCCCUGAUUAUACCAUCAGCAUUUUGUUCUCCCAUUUAUAAUGACUGAUAGAGCUGGCCACCGAGCUAUCAUUUGAAGCACAAAAUCAAGGGCAGAGGGGUGCCUGGGAACCCCUUUUACAGAGAAGGAAUCCGAGGUGCAGGAGGUCUGACUUAACCCACACUCGCCAAGCUAAUCAGCAGCAGGGUCAGGACUUGAACUAUGGUGUGUGCCCCAACUUGAAAAUUCUUCAGUAAUGUUGAGGGAAUCCCCCAAACUGAGUGCCCUAGCUCUUCUAACAAGGACCAGACAGAGGCUGCAUCUAGCCCAAAGGAGAUUCACAGACCCUUGUAUAGGGAGUGAGACCAGGCCCCAGGUGACUGAGCCAAGGAGCACACUCCUUCCACAGAGCUGCGCUUUUGCCCUUUCUCGACCCAUGUCUGUGCAGUGGGGCCAUUGGCUAGAUGGAGGGUCCCAAGCAUCACCAGAAAGCUUGAGGACAUGACCCAUGUGUUCUAUCAAUGCUGAUGUUGCCUGGAUCACCACUGGGGUUGUAAAGAACUGCCAUCACUGCUGGUGUAUGUUCCAGUGUCUAAAAUUCCACCCCAAGUGUUCCUUGGGCCCCCACCGCCAUGGCCCUAGUCCAGGUCCUAGAUAAUGCAUUGGGAUUGGAGGCACCAAGGUCAUAAGGUGAUGCCCAAGAUCUUGGCCCCUCCCUUGCUUUCCCAAACAGCUGGCUGGCACCUGGGCAGUUCUAAUCCCAUGGAUAUCUGUGCCCUUUGGCCACCCAAGGCUUCAUCCCAAGCCUCCUGCCUGGUCCCUUUGUGCUACAAUGUUUUGUACCUUUUUCUAUUGCCAACUUUAAUAAAUGCUCAUUUCCUGAGACAUGAACUCAGUGGGAUAAUGAUCCAGGAACUG